AAUACUCUAAAAAAACAACACACAUCUAUACAGCAAAUACAAAACUACAAAACUUUUCAUAACACGAAGAUUAUUUUAAUAAAUCAAAUUCAGAGCUUUGAACAGAAAUGGAAGAAGCCGCAGAAACCGCAGCUGAAGUACUUUCUACAGAGGGGGUUGUCGAUCCGGCUGAGAAUAUUAAAAUAGAUUUAAUCGAUACUCCUAUUAUUGAAAUAGAAGAUCUCCAAUCUGAAGCACCGCCUACAGAUGAUGAAGCCCCGAAAUCACUCGAUGAGCAGACCAUGGAGGCCGGUGCCGAAGGUGACACGGAACUCAGUGUGGAACCUCUUACCAAAUUGGAGCAAGAGAAAAAGAGGAAACGCGAGGAGAGGCGCCUAGCGAACGAACGAUUGAGAAGGCAUUACAAAGAACCUGACGAAGCUGAAAAACCUGCGAAGCUUGCAGAAUAUGAGUCUGAAGAGCCUAAAGAGACUAGCCGAGUUCACAGAUCCACGAGUAGAAUAUACAUUACAGAACGAACAUCUGCCGAAAUAGAGGAAGAUACCGAAAUUCUAAAAACCGCAUUACUAUCUGAGGAUAAGGACAAACAGGCUAUGGAUGAACUCAAUUCGGAUGAACCAUCAUCCUCGGACGAAGAAGAAUAUAGGCGACGUGCGGUUUCGGUGUCAUUUAAAGGUGAAUUCUUGCAAAAUUUCUUUUUUCCAAGCCUAUCGGAUAUUUCGACCGAAUCAAGCGAGCAAUUAUUGUCGUUGCGCCGUACACUUACGGAAAAAGACGAUAUGUCCCUUGUCGAUGAAGGCCAAUUUGUUGAUCCACUGACUGGCGAACCGAUAAAGGAGCCCAUUGAAGCAGAAGCUGAACAAGUAGCUGAAGUAUCAGCAGAAGUGGAAGAAGAAACAUCUUCGUCAAGCAGCUCCUUUGAUUGGCCCUUCCCCUUAGAAGACGAAGUAGCUGCUCCGGUUAAAACAGAUGUUGCCGAAUAUGCUAUGGAAAUGCUAUUGGAGAUACAUUCGGGAAUUCGGCCCACAAGUGCCGAGUCGACAACAGCACAAGAGGCACAGCGCCUGGAACGCGAGAAUCGACAAAUUUGUAUAGAUUUUCUCUACAAAGCUAUCGACGAUGCUGUCGAUGCUGCCGAGUAUGUUGAUCCCGAUGUACUCCUCGCAAGCAAGCUGGAUAAACAUAAAGUGAUCACAGAUCUGCAUCGAAUCAUUGCGGAUUGCCUGGCCGCCAAGCAUUUUAAUCAUGCUCUAUCCAGCAAAAUGUACGAAUAUUAUCGCCGCGUUGGUCAAUUUCGUGUAUUUGAUACCCUGCCACGCCAUGUGGAAGAGGAGGAAUUUAGGCGACUGAGGAACGCAUUGUAUAUGCUAGAUCAUUUCAGGCACAAGGCUAAUGAAACCAAGAAACUUAAUCAAUUGCUAUUGGCCAGCGUGACAAUGGAUCUGAAUUAUGUGCGCAACAUAGCGUUGUCAACAGUCGAAUCACUGGAAAAAUGCAUUCGUAAUACCCUGUCGCGCAAGGAUCUACAGUUUUUGCCUCGCAUUAUCGAACAGGAGCUGCGACAAAUGCAAAACGUGCGCAAUGAGAUUAGCGAUAAUCGCCUCUGGCUCAUAACCAGGCAACAUACUUUGGGCAGAGUGAUCGAGCGCAAACGCAACUUUGAUCAAAUCACACCAGACUUGACCAUGGAUGAAUUUUUGAAUGCACAACGCGAUGUAACAGCCCUGGGCACAAAGGUCGAAGAACGCAAUCGGGAGUUGAACCGAAUGCGUGAUCGUUCUACCAAGCACGUGCAUCAGUUGGCCUUUAUAAGGGAAAAGACAAGCAUGAUAUCGGUUACGUUGAUCAAUCACAAACAGAUUUUGCGCCGUAAGCUCAGGAGACAAAACGAAUUGCGUGACCAGCUGCUCGAGGCGAAGCUGCGGCAUACCCGCCUAACGGCCCAGAUGAGGGAGCUGCAUGUGAAAUGCGGCCUGCUCUAUAAGCCAGCGCUGUUGCACGAUUAUGACGAGACCGUGGAAGCAGUCGAAAUCAAACGGGAGAAAGUCAACAAAUGUAGGAUUAUCGUUAAAGAUUUGGAGGCACGCAUUGGCAAGUUCGAGGAGGUGGCACGUUCCACUAUCACAUCCCAAAGAAUGCCAAUGAAAAAACUACGAAAAGUUCCGCUAAGGAAUCAACCUUAGUACUAACAUUUUUAGACACUUAUAGUUUUAUACGAGCUCUAGAGUCUACAUCUUCUACAAUUAAUAUAAAUAAAGCAAAA